UUCUACCCGGAAAUGAUUAACUGUGUAGCCGACAGCCAGGGUGUAAUUACAGAGUCACUUUUGCGAUCGUUAUAGCGAAUAACAUUGAAGGGUCAUGUUAAAUCAAAUUAGCCAUGCAGUCGGUGACGAGUGAUGCUUUCAACCAGCACCGACCCGUUCGACUUUGAAUAAACGUGAGCAAGAUCUUACGUGCUUCAUCCAGUCAGUCCAUGGCUGAGUCUGCCGCUCCACGGUCCAGUCCAGUCAGCCCGUUAGAACACAGCUGGUUUCCGAGCCCCCCACCACCAAUUUACACCUGCACCCUGAGCCCCGAGCUGGUGGCCAAGGCACGGGAAGAGCUUCAAGAAAAACCAGAAUGGCGUCUACGGGAUGUUCAAGCCCUUCGAGAUAUGAUACUAAAGGAGCAGCCCAAUCUCAGGACACGGCUGGACGACUCAUUCCUCUUGCGCUUCCUGCGGGCCAGGAAGUUUGACUAUGACCGAGCCUUACAGCUCUUGCUCAAUUACCAUGCUGGACGGAAGGCUUGGCCCGAGGUCUUCCUUGACUUGAAGCCGUCUACGGUGAAGCAUGUGCUGGACUUGGGCUUUCUCACAGUCCUGCCUCGACCGGACCCAAACGGAAGGUACAUCCUCUGUCUUCGGCCAGGAAAAUGGAAAGCAAACGAUUAUCCGUUUGUUGACAAUGUGAGGGCCAUGUAUUUGACGCUGGAGAAGCUGAUCCAGCCAGAGGAGACGCAAGUCAAUGGUAUCGUUAUCUUGGCCGAUUAUACCGGCGUUGGUAUGUCUCAGGCUUCCAAUCCGGGUCCUUUUCUUGCCAAAAAGGUCGUGAGCAUUCUUCAGGACGGCUUCCCAAUCCGAAUCAAGGCUGUCAACAUUAUUAACGAGCCUCGGAUUUUCAAAGGCAUCUUUGCUGUUAUCAAGCCAUUCCUGAAGGAGAAGAUGGCAGAGAGGUACUUGCUCCACAGCUCAGACCUGCGCUCCCUCCACCGGAACAUUCCGUGCUCGGUCCUGCCCGAGGAAUACGGCGGCACGGCCGAACAUCUGGACAUGCGUGCGUGGUCGAGACUGCUGCUGGACUGUGAGGAGGACUUCAUAGUGGAGUUUUGCCAGCCCGAUCCACUGGAGGGCGCUGUGCCGCCUGAGUCAGCGCCGUUCCAAGGUGGCGAUGAUGGCUGCGAGCACGAAGAUGUCUUUAGGGGUCUGCGCUCGCAACUUUAUUCGUGUUACUGAUGAACACCGGACAUUCUCCCUUGCGGCGAGACGCCGAUUAGUCGGGCAAGUUGCUAAUAUGACAGAUUGUUUUUCUACUAACCAUCCAGUUUGUGUAUCUUCGCUAGGGUUACAGGUGAGCUGGACUCUAUCCCAGCUGAUUUGGGCAUCACGAGCACUAUUUGGAGUCAGAUGGUCUGUGUUGUGUAGUUGGCACUCAGCGUAUUUGGUCCAUCACCAGCUGCAGGCGGCGUGUGGACGUGAGUGUGGCAAAAAAUGCUUUCAGGAUUUGUCUUAUCUAAUAGCAGGUUUUUUUUUUUUUCCUGGAUGUUUUUCCAAGUCAUAGCAUGAACAGUUCUCAGUCUGUCUCAAGUCUCAUACCCCCACAAUGUAGCUUUAAAAAAAAAAAAAAAGUAGUGUAACGGAUUUAUUCAAGCGUCCCAUCAGCUCCCCUAGAAUAUUGUUUCAUCAUAAAAUACGAAAAGAACAGUUUAAUUUAAAAAUGAGCAAAGUAUUUCCAAGCAAUGAAUGAAGUUGUUGGAAUCACGUUGGUGUCAAAUAUAAACUGCUCUUAUAUUGCCUUAAAGCAAUCGCAGCAUACAGUUCUACAAACCAAAGCUAUAUUCAUGUGGACUGUCUUUAAAAGGAUUUUGUGUAGUGCAAGGCUCCCCAACCACCGGCCUGUGGGCCAUUUGGUACCGGGAAAUACAUAGAGUGAGAGCAAAAGAGUGAGUGCGAGCAUAUAUGUUACGUUGACCAGUAUGCCUUUUUAAUUUUUUUCCGCCCAAGGCCCUUGGUGAUCAAAUGGGCAUAUGCGGCGAUUGAACGUUCAGUUGCGACUUGCCAAAUGUUGUGAAGGAACAGUGCCAUAAUGCUGCAUCUGCUUUUCCCAAUGCUUUCUUAUUGUUUACAGUGCAAUUGCGUGGCUUUUAUAUUUUAUGCAUGUCUGAUGCCGUCAAUGAUUGCAUAGCAGAAAAUAGCAGUAAAGUCAAAUUUGAAUGA